AUGAAGGUGGCUUGUGUCGCAGCUAGUGUGGAGGGAGACAGGCAGGCGGUGAAGGAACAUGUGGCCUCCAGGAGAUUCAAUCCGCAGGAGCCAAGUGUCUUGGUGAAAUUGACUCAAUCCAUGCAUACUUCUGUGAUGACGUUUAUGGAAACAGACGUGGCCUCCCUCCUUCAUUUGGGUGAACUUAACUUGGAGGGCCUUCGUCAGUUCUGUCGUGACCCUGACGUCGAGGAAAAGUCGCCUGAAGGUAACCCUCUCAAAGUUGGAUCUUCCUCCACUACUCUCGUUAAGUGA